AUGGCCCAAACACGCGGCGCAACUGGCCACUCCAAGCCAAGAGUCUUCGCCACGGUCUCGACUGAGCCUGUCCGCAAACGCAAGACGACCACCGCCACUACCACGGGUGGCGCCACCAAAAAGCGCAAGACCGCUUCCAAGAAAGCGGGCGUGACCAAGACGCGUGCGCCUGCGACGCACCACAAGAGAAAGCCCACAAUCGUGGACAAGAUUGAAGGUGCCGUCGAGAAAGUCGUCGGUAUCGUCGAGGGCAAGCCCGGGAAGAAGGCUGCAGGCACGAAGAAGAUGAGAGGCACCGAUGGGAAGGGCGGUAAAGUGUCGAAGACCGCGAAGGUCGAAGUAUAA